GACGUGGAUUAUCGUUCGCAUCUCUUUUUCUCUUGUAAAGGUAGAGAACACAAAAUGGUGAUGAAAAGCAAGAAGAGUAAGAGUAAGAGGGUUUCGUUGAAGAAGAAGUACAAGGUGAUACGGAAGGUGAAAGAGCACAACAGAAAAAAAGCGAAGGAAGCGAAGAAGCUUAGGCUGAGUGGGAAAAAUAAGGUUGAGAAGGAUCCUGGUAUUCCCAACGAUUGGCCCUUCAAGGAACAGGAACUGAAAGCCCUUGAAGCUCGAAAAGCGAAGGCCAUUGAAGAAUUGGAGCAAAAGAAAGCUGAACGCAAGGAGAGGAUCAAGAAGUCAAUAACCGUGGGUUUGAUUGGCUUGCCCAAUGUGGGGAAGAGUAGUCUUAUUAAUAGUUUAAAAAGGUCUCAUGUUGUCAAUGUUGGCUCUACUCCGGGGUUAACAAGAUCAAUGCAAGAGGUUCAUUUGGACAAAAAUGUUAAGUUGCUAGAAUGCCCUGGUGUUGUUAUGCUGAAGUCUCAACAUAAUGAUGCUUCCAUUGCCUUAAAAAAUUGCAAGAGGAUUGAGAACUUAGAGGAUCCAAUUAGCCCAGUUUGA